GUUAACUUUUAAUUUGAAAGCCUUGAAUAGAGAAACCCAGAAGCAGGUACGGACACACACACGGAAGAUCCAUGAACUAAAGCUUGCGUUUAGUGAGUUUUACCUGAGUUUGAUCCUUUUGCAGAAUUACCAGAAUCUUAACUUUACUGGUUUUAGAAAAAUUUUGAAAAAGCAUGAUAAGUUGUUAGGUACUGAUGCCGGAGCAAAAUGGAGACAGACCUUUGUGGAGAUUGCACCUUUUUACACCAACAAAGAUAUUGAUAAACUUAUUCAAGAAACUGAGCAAUCUCCUUCAACAACCUUCAAAGUGGGCUUGUUUUCUGGUGCCUUUUUAGUAUUGAUCAUUACUGUUAUUCUAUCAGGUGUGUUCAGUAAAGCCAGGAAUGAGUGGCGUAUUGUGUUUCGACUCUACAGGGGCACCUUACUCAUCAUAUUGUUCAUGUUCUUGAUUGGUAUUAAUGUGUACGGGUGGCGCACAUCGGGAGUAAAUCAUGUUCUCAUUUUUGAACUGGACCCUAGAAACCACUUAUCAGAACAACAUUUGAUGGAGAUGGCAGCAAUAUUCGGAGUUCUGUGGACAAUGAGUGUCCUUGCCUUCCUCUAUAGUAAUACCCUUGCUAUUCCUGCCUAUGCAAAUCCACUGGCUCUUGUAGUUAUCAUGUUUUUUUUUCUCAUCAAUCCAGUAAAGACAAUGAGACACCAUGCCAGGUUCUGGCUUCUUCGAAUUCUGGUUCGUAUUUGA